UAGAGCGUUACGCAACUGUUCAACAAGGCGGGGGCGACAGACUGCGAUUCAGUGACAUGGACGAGAUCAUCACCUCGCUGGGUGUGGGUCCAGCAACAUACCUGUUAUUCGCAGUCGCGUCCUUGGGACCAAUGUCGGAGGUGGGCAAUCUUCUUGGAUCGCAGUUCAUCGCUCCGCCAGUUCAGUUUACUUGUCUCGACCUCCAUCAAUCGGACGUCAUUGUAACCAACACUUCGGAGUGCGUCGUGGCGUCGGCGGGAGGAGAGUCAAACGAAACACGGAGCUGCACACUCUAUAAAUUUUCGCAUGAAAUUUAUCACUUCACCCUGACAGAAGAGGCAAGUAAUUUCAUGGCCUUCAGUGGAAUAUCAGAAAUUAAACAUUAUAAAUAG